AUGGCCAUUGCAACUGCGAAAGUAUUCGCAUUACCCUUCCGCAGCAACCCGCAAACACCGUUAUCUGUCAUUGCCUUUUCUCUCAACUAUUUCGUCGGCGAGGAAGAUAUGACCGUGGAGGAUACGAGGUCUACCUUGAAGAUCUAUGAAGAUAAAAAGUCCACUAGCGGCAACAUCGUUAAGCGACAUUUCUGCUCUGACUGUGGAAGCCCAGUUUUUACGAAGACCCCCAAAGCCCCGGGGAAGGCCUUUUUGAAGGCAGCGCUGUUUGACACAAUCUCGAGCCCGUCGACUGAAGUCUUUGCCAACAAGCAAUUGGACAUCAGAAGAAUGACAUUAUCAGACGAAACUCCAGGUCCAGCGGAAUCCACGGGCGCUGUGUUACGGAAUAUCCCGCCGCGUCACGAUAUCGCGAGCGAUGCAAGCGACGCGGAUCCACGCGAGGCUCUUGAGCUCCAGAAUAUUCAGACGCGCGAGGACAAUGAACUUGAUGACUCCGCCGGAUCUGCCUCAUCGGGCGAUGAGUAUCGCGUCGUGACGCGUCGUACCACAUCACGCGCCCUCGAUGCGCGCGCGGAUGCCCGCCGGCGCAAGCAGGCUCGGACGGGUGCUUGGGGCAAGCUCACUCGGUUUUGGACACAUCAUGUCACUUUGACGGUUCCCCACAAGAGUAACCGCGACUACUUCGCUCUGGAGAGGACGUUCCUCGCGUACAUACGCACAUCGCUUGUUAUCACACAACAAGGCGUUCUCAUUGCACAACUUUUUCGUCUACAGGCAGCGGAAGCGCUGGCAGACAAGUUGGGAUUUCAUCAGGUGGGCAUCCCACUUUCAGUGGCAUGUCACAGUGUGGCUAUCCUCGUGGCUCUAGUGGGCGCCUUUCGAUUUUGGAGACAGCAGAAUGCAAUCGCUAGGGAUAAGAUUCAUGCUGGGGGUUGGGAGCUGAAUUUUGUGGGGAUUCUCUUGGGCUGUAUUAUCCUGACGACAUUGGUAAUAUCUAUUGCAAUCAUCGUCGAAGUUGAUAUGGACCCUUAUGUCGUUGUGAAUCGAAUAUUGGGUCGAUGA